AACGGCAGUCCUUCUGUUGUUUCUACAGAAUUAGUUGUUGGAUUGACAAUUCCGGGCGAUAGCAUACCUUUCCACCGAUAGAUUCUCUAUCAAACGCGCCAAACAUGUCUCCACACAAGACUCAAUCCGAUGAAACUGCCGCAUACCUCUCCACACUCCCAUCUAAGGAUGUUGCGCCAUUGUGGACAGUCAUGUCCGCAAUGGUACCACCGGCACCAAACCCAAAAGCCACAGUCGCGUCUUGGAAGUAUGACGAGAUCAGACCUCUACUCCUGGAGGCUGGCCGAUUAGUUGCCGCCGAUGAAGCGGAGCGCAGAGUGCUUAUGCUCAUUAAUCCAAACAUGCGUGCACCCUACACCACGGACACAAUCUAUGCUGGCCUGCAGUUGAUAUUGCCUGGAGAGACCGCGCCGGCUCAUCGGCAUACGGCGUUUGCUUUGAGAUUUAUUGUAGAAGGCGAGAGGGGCUUCACAGCAGUUGAAGGAAAGAAGAUCAUGAUGCGACGAGGCGACGUGAUAUUGACGCCGAGCUGGCAAUGGCACGACCAUGGUCAUGAAGGCGACGGUCCCAUGAUCUGGCUGGAUGGACUUGAUCUACCCUUGUACCAGGCUUUCCCAACCAACUUUGCCCAGAUGUACAAGGAAGAAAGAUACCCAAGCGAACGCGUAGACUCCGCUCAAGAUCUACAAAUUGGAUGGGAAGAAGUUCAAAAAGAUCUCGACGCGCAAGAGGGAUCGCACGCAUUAUACCACUACCGAUUAGCUACAGGAGGCCCACUUUCUAAGACAAUGGGCGGCCAAGCCGAGCGAGUCGAUGCCGGAACCAGAUCUCCUCCGAUACGCGAAAGUUGUUCAUUUGUGUACCACUGUUACAAAGGCUCGGGAAGGAGCGAACUGCAACUGGCGAACGGCGAGAGCAAGGCAGUCGAGUGGACCCGCGGUGAUACUUUCGCGGUACCAGCGUGGACAGAAAGAGUGCAUAUGGCCUCUGAGCUUAGCUAUCUGUUUGCGGUCAACGACUCGCCGCUCUUGAACAAUUUGGGCAUGUAUCGUAAACAAUGAUGGAGAAAACCAUGGGUCAAUAGGUCGAUGUAAACAGUUCCAACGUAUACCGCGCUAGAAGUUGUAUGGGU